UCACUCUGCCCUUGCCGCCUAUCGAUAAUUGUUAUAAAAAAAAUUUGUUAUAGUUGCGGAUUUUUUGUGUUUGGCGGAGUGUGCGAAAAAGAGAUGGCAGCGGCAUAUGUUUAGCGUGUCCGGAGAAUGUUUACAGUUAGCCCGCCGCUUGCGUAAUUGAGCCUGUGUUGGUGUUGGUGGCCGUGUCCGUGCAUUAUUCUGCCGCUCCGGUCGGUUUCUCCGUGUCAAUCCGAGAUUAUUGCAGCGUAAUUGACAUUCGGCGUUAUCUCGAAGGCGCCUCUAACUUACGCCCACCGCAUCAGAAGUAGCCCCAGAAACGGCCAGCAUUAUCUUCGAUCCCGCAUUGAAUCUCGCAAUUGAUAAAUACACUUGCGUGGCCGUGUGUGUGAUGUGUUAAACAGUCCGGUAAAUUCACUGAUCGAAAUAAGCGCUCCAAUUUACGACUGACUGAGGAAUAUAUAAUGAUCGCGGCAGAUCUUGCUGGGCAGUAAACAGAAACGAGAGUCCGAGUCAUUAGCAUUAGUCCUAGGAGUGGAAGUACAAGAGCAAGUCGGGCCUAAAAAUGGCGCGUCACAUUAUGGCCGUUUGCGUGGUGUGCCUGCUAUGCGCGCACCGCCUGCACUGCCAGGAUCACAUCGAGAGUCUACUGGGCCCGGCUCUUGGGACGACUCACAGCCAGGAGCAGCUCAACGCCCGCGUCUAUACGAACCUAAGUCCCUCCAGCGAAACCACCGAUCGGCGCCAGCAGCGAUCCGCUUCUGGCGACGACGACACCCCCAACUACAGCACUAGUCCGCCCUCGAGGAGACAAAAGCGCCAUGCUGGCCAUGACCACGGCCAUAGCUCCGAGUCCCGCGUCCCGCAGAUCACCCAGUACUAUCUCGAAAAGCUGAUGGUCCAGAACGAGCUGAUGAACAGCAGCGAAUUCGAUGGCCUGCUACAGCAGCUCAGCCUCCACUCGUUGGCCAGUGGGGCAAGUGAAGGAACUUGCGUGCCCGCUAGUCGCCUAGUGCAUCAUGUCCAGCCUCACGAUCUUCACCAUCACCACGACCAUGAUGAAAAGGAGGAGGAGCUGCAGCUCAAAAACUGCACGCUGAGUCAGAAUGGUACCAACUCCAAUGUCACCUGCGCACUCCUGCUUAGCGACCACACACAUUCACAUAGCGAGGAGGUCAAGAACUUUGGUCUGAGUGAAAAGGACCUGCUAAACCUGUGUCCGGUUCUCCUGUACGAGCUGAAGGCACAGAGCGGUGGGUGCAUAGAGCCGACAGUACUGUCCGACAUCGACAGCACGGAAAAGCUGCUUGAGGCUGAGAAGGACAAGGAUAUGUUUUACGUGUGGAUCUAUGCUUUCAUUUCUGUGUUUGCCUGCGGACUCCUCGGCUUGGUAGGAGUAGCCAUCAUACCGUUUAUGGGUUCGCGGUAUUACAAAUACAUCAUCCAGUAUCUGGUGUCGCUGGCCGUGGGUACGAUGACCGGCGAUGCCCUUCUGCACUUGCUGCCUCAUUCUCUGGCAGGCCAGGAUGAACGUGGUAUGAUCAUGAAGGGGCUGGGCUGCCUGGGCGGCAUCAUCUUCUUCUACGUGACGGAGCAUGCGCUGACCAUGAUCUCCGAGUGGCGCAAGAGCGUGGAAAAGAAGGAGACGAAGAAACCGUCGCGGGCGAAGGUGAUGCGGGAUCCAGACUCAUCUGUAAACAACUCGGUGGCCGGCGACAAGAUCUGCAAGCAAAAGUACAGCUCGUAUCCGUACUGCUACGACGAGAUCACCAUGAACAACAAGCAGAGCGAGUGGAUGCACCUUCCCGGCGAUGGAUCGAACUCGGCGGCGGGCGCUGGCGGAGACGCUGCCUCCGCCUCGGAAGUGCGUAACGGUGUGGGCGAUCACGACGGCUCCAACGACAUGGCCGCCGCCGCCGAAUCCCUGCUCUCAACGCUGCACACGAACUGUGUAGAGAUGAACCACCACAAUCACAAGCACAACAGCCACCAGCACAGCCAGGAGGGACAGGACAAUAACACCAUUGUCACCGAUCUGGACGGGAAUGCGGUGUAUGAGUCGAAUAGUGCGAAGGAUAAGAACGGCCAAAACGACCAUGUGACUGUGAUCCUGCGGGAGCACGAGUCAUCGCAUCAUGGUCACAGCCAUCGACAUGGACACGUUCACUCGCCACCCGAGACGCUGAGCGCCGUGGCCUGGAUGAUCAUCAUGGGCGACGGGCUGCAUAAUUUUACGGAUGGCAUGGCUAUCGGUGCAGCCUUUGCGGAGAACAUUGCUGGUGGCUUCUCCACCUCCCUGGCCGUCUUCUGCCAUGAGUUGCCGCACGAGCUGGGCGACUUUGCCAUUUUGAUGAAGGCGGGCAUGUCGGUGAAGUCGGCCGUCUACUACAACCUGUUGACGGGUGUCCUGAGUUUCAUCGGCAUGAUCUUCGGCAUUGCUUUUGGGCAGUCGCAGGGCGUGGCCCAGUGGAUGUUUGCCGUGGCUGCCGGACUAUUCAUUUACAUUGCCUUAGUCGAUAUGAUGCCUGAGAUCUCUGCCUCGCACAAAUCACUGGGCCAGUUCCUGCUGCAAAUACUCGGCAUGCUGAGCGGAGUGGGAAUAAUGCUAGUGAUUGCCCUUUACGAGGGCGAUCUCAUGAGCGUGUUUGGAACGGCGGGAGGCGCAUCUUUCCAGCACGUGCAUUAAUCACAUAACUAAAAUUGUAACCAACCGCAGCGAAUCUUGUAGCGUAUUAUGUGAAUUGCAGCGAAUCUUGUGUAUUAACUGCAUUUUUCCGCCAGGCCUAUAGGACCUCUUGAAUUAUUAUUUUUUGUAUAAUUUGAUUAGAUUGUUGUUUACCUUAGUCCACAGAGUUACACAAAACACAAACCACAUACACAGCCGGUUGGCGCUUAUCAAACGCAUUUGUUAUCCAGUUUAUGAAACACACAACCAACACCCGCGACGAGAUUCAGCAAACUCGUUUUAUUUUCGUUCCUAAUUUUGCUUCUGAACUGCGUUCGAGUCGACUUUACACCCGAUUAUAUAUAAGAUGUCUUAAAAUUGCCUAGGUUAUAAAGUGAUCUUGAAUUUAGAAGAAACCAAUUGAAAAGCAAGUCGAGAAAGUUUUUCUAAAACGACACAUGAGAAGAACUACAAAUGACAGAAAAUGGAUUGGAUUUGAUCUGUAUCCCAAAUCCAUUAAUUUCUGAUCUUAUACAUUGAAAGCAGAACUUAACAAUUACGAUAUAUAUAUUGUAGAAUAUGUAUACAUACAUAUAGUUUUUGUAUUUCGUAGUCUAGGGUGCGCACGUUUACUUUACUGUUAUUAUUUUUGACAGUACUUAAUGACUCUAACGUAUAUAAUUUCCACUUAAGGAAAGACACAAAACCACUUAAGCUUAAUUUAUUAUCGUAUUUGUAAUAAAUUGAAAAGAUUAUUAAAUGGCACGCUCAUGCAUAAUUUAGAUUUUCGCUACCCCGUAGCGCCCUCGAUUAAUUAUGAUUUUGUAAUAAACCAAGCUAAAACAAAACAGUUUAUUUUUUUCUUAUUUGAGUUGUAAUUUUUUAAUUGCGCACACAACUAACACGAAAGUGAUUGUGAUUAAAAAUGAGUAACUAACAUUUGUAAAAUGGUGCGACUUGCGGCACGAUCGCCCUUAAUGACUAUCCCACACACACACCGAUCUGCACACGAAGCUAUCACUUAAACUGAGCAACUAUAAAUAUUUUGUAAAGCCCACACUAUGUGCUAUUGAGGCAGUAAAACCUAUAUUAAUUCUAGCUGUAAGCUCUACGACAACUACAAACAGGAAACCAAAAACAAAGAAUAAAGAAGUAAACAUAUAUAUACACACUGUGCUAAAGAAACUUUUGGAGAAAUGGAUGUAAUAAUACUACUUACUUUGGUGA